CACUGCAGCCCUGACAUCUCCAUCCAGCAUAGAGGGAGUGGAGAGUGUGUUGGGGCAAGGUACAGGGGGUGGAGAGAUGGAGUGAUCUUGACUCCAGGUUGGGUGGUCCAAGGGGUGUGUGAGAGGUUGAGUGUGUAUCAGGGUACGGCUGCUCUCCCUGCUGAUUAAUGCUUGCUAUUUGAUCAGAAGUGGAGGCCUGGACUGAUUUGCGAUCUCCAAAAGCGGCAAAGCAGUGGAGUUUUUUGGAGAAACACAGCAGGAAGAAUUGAGCUUUAGGAUUCAGAAGGCCAGAACAGAGUAACGAGCUGGAGCUGGUAUGAGGUUAAUGGUCCUGAGUUGAACCACCACUAUGAAGUCCUUGGAACUGCUGCUGCUGCCUUUACUGCUACUUGUUCGAGAUAUACAUGCUCAAUGGACAGUUUGGAUGCCCAGAGACAUCUCAGCCAUGACUAACUCCUGUGUGGUAAUCCCAUGCACAUUUAUAUACCCCUCAGGAGUCAGGCCAUACAAGGGCACACAUGGAAUCUGGUAUUUUGGCCAGCCCUAUCCACAACUCUUCCCUCCAGUGGUUUUCAAGUCUCGCACAGGCAUUGUGCAUGAAAGCUACAGUGGCCGUUCCAAGCUUCUGGGUGACCUUUCACAGAAAAACUGCACGCUGCAAAUCAGCAACCUUGGAGUUGAACAUGCAGGGAGGUACUACUUCAGAGCUGAUCUAGGAGGAGCAAACAUUUAUACCUACCCAGAUUUCACUGAACUCAGGGUGUUGGACCAGCCCAACAUUGAUACCCCUGAAGAAAUACUGAGUGAUGAGAGCUUGGACUUGACUUGCUAUGCUCCAGACAACUGUCCUGACAUGAGUCCUGAGAUCCAUUGGAUGUACACAGACUAUCUUCCUGAUCCUCUUUUUACAACAGACUAUGUUGAGGAAAGCAACACUGCAGUGAUUUCAAGCACACUUACUUUCACACCCAAAGCUAUGCACAAUGGUCAAUUGGUUGGCUGCAGGGUCCAUUACCCUAACACCACUUUUGUCUAUGAGCGCCUCAUCUACCUUGAUGUCAAAUAUGCCCCUAGGAAAGUUUGGGUAAAUGUUUCUCACGAGGCCAUGGAGGGGAGCUCUGUGGUACUUCACUGUGAUGUGGACAGCAACCCUGUUCCACGGAUUACGUGGUUCUUCAGAGAUGAAGAGCUGAUGGCAGAAACUGCUUCGAAUGCUUCUCUUUUUCUGGAGUCCUUGACUCCAGAGCAGGAUGGUUUAUACACAUGUGUAGGGGACAAUGGCUAUGGGUCAAUGAACACCUCCUUGUACUUGGCUGUCAGAUAUUCUCCAAGAGAGCCAGUGGUGAACACCUCUCUGGUGGUGAUGGAGGACUCCUCUCUGGCCCUUCAUUGCAGCACUCAGGGCAAUCCAGUACCUACACUUACCUGGCUAAAGGAUGGAGACCUGGUGGGGACAAUAAAAGCUGGAGAGCUGUCCAUACUCGAGCUUAAAGAUAUUGACUCACAGGAUGAUGGCACAUACCGCUGUCUAGCUGAAAAUGAACAUGGCCGAGCCAGCAGCUCUUUAAACAUCACAGUGGAGUUUGCUCCAUUUUUCCUGGAUGAUUCCAAGUGCACCAUAGUGCGAGAGGGUGUGCAGUGUGUCUGCAUCGCCACAGGAAAUCCUGAGCCAUCCAUAGUAUUCUACCUGCCUGACCACAAUAUCACCAUUAAUGAAACGAACAGCCGUUACAACUUUUAUACACAUUCGGAUGGCUAUACAUCAACUGGCAUGAUCAAACUAAGGGAGAAAGGUGAUCGUGAGAACAACGAAGACAUGGCUGUUCAUGUACACUGUGGCAUCUCUAACGCGUAUGGCUCUGACUCUAUCCGUCUGGAGCUGCAGCAAGAGAAAAAAUACCUGAUGGCUGUGAUAGUGGGAACCAUUGGAGGAGUGGCAGUUAUUGCUUUUAUAAUUGCUGCUGUGAGAUAUGUGGGACAAAACAACAAAAAAGAGAAUGGCAACCCUGGGCAGGACGUGGGCUCUAGAGUGGAGAAUCCCUCCAUGUACUACAGCGCAGUCAAGAAGGACAAACAAAGUCUCAGGAAAAAAGUGCUUAAGACUGAGCUGCUGGGCUCUAAGUUUAAUUCCAUCCUAGAAGAGAGCACGGGAGAAGACAGCGAUUACCAGCAUGUUGGAUCGGCUGCAGGAAUGGCGAGGCAAGAGCUGAACUUUCUCGGACGGGCCCGAGAAGGAGGAUUGGGGAGGGGGGAUGACACCACUGACUACUCAGAGAUCAAAGCUAAAUGAAUGGCGAUCCUUCCCUGAAGCCUCGGCUGAAAGGGAUACAGUGGCCUCUAGUUCCUAACAAAUUGAUUUGUGCAAUGUGCUUUAGUUUAUAGCACUUAGCAUGCCAAAAUUGAACAAAUCCAAUUGGCUUGGACCAAUAUUUGAAUCUAUUUUACAGAAGACGUGCAAGUCCCUGCACACAACCAUAUUUUGUACCUUUCAGUCUUAUUGUUGCAUCAGACAUUGUGCAACAGUGGGUCUAAAUGGGCUUGCAAAGGGUUGUGCAAAAACAUGUACACUAUUAUAUUAAUGUUACUGUUAAUUUUAAGUAUUUGUUAAAGAAGAACAGGCUUUGGUUUUAUCGCAAAACUAUUCCACUAGAGGUCAUUUACACUGUGUCCGCAGCAAGCCGAAGCAUCAGGGAACGAGACAUGCAGCAUGUCUCAAUGUUCUAGCACUAUCUCCAGUAGAAUGUUAUCUCAAAUCCAGAGGAUCUCUUGGCCACUUUCAAACUGUACCAUGAUAAGCACUCCAUGGUAUCCAUUUUUUAUUUGUAAUGACAUGCCCUUAAGUGAUUGUAAGAGUGUAAGUGUAAAUAAGGAUAUUGUUUACCCAAUGAAUCUCUUUGACAUGGGCUAAAUGAAUGGCUAACUAAUUAUCGGUCUUUUUUUUUUUCUGUUUUUCUUAGCGUGAUGAUGUAUUUUUUUUCCCUGUCAAAUGUCACAUUUAAGCUUAAGAGGUGAUUAGUGGACGUAUCUGCAUUUUUGAUAAGUAAAAUUGCUUUUGAAGCAUAUUGUUUAUUGAGGGAAAGGAAUUGCUAUUGCAAUGUGAAAUACUGUUGUAAAGAGGAAAUUGUGUCAUGACUUUGCCUUUCUACACAUUUAAGACACAUGGCAAACAGAACAGACUUUUACACUCUUCUUUCUUAAUUUAUUACAUUUUGUCAUUUCUUUUGUUUCAACGAUGCUCCAAUCUUUUUUUCAUCGUUUAAAUGUAAUUUUAAAACUCUUCACUCUAAGGGUAAACUCAGAAAACCAACCAACCAGAAGACAGAAGAAAAUCUAAUCAAACCCAAGAUAUUUAAAGCAAGGAGGAAGUCAUAUCUGUUGAAAUGAAAACACAAAGCCAUCACUUUGAAACUAUCAGUUGACCCAGGGGUGCUUUAAUUAUAUGUAUUAUUUAUUAUCUUUUUAACACCCUCUAUUGUGGUUAUAUCAGAUUCAACAAUAUGUUCAAUAUAUGUGCAUAUCUCAAAUAUUAACAUAUGCAACUCAACUUAACUAAAUACUUAACAUAAUAUUACUCACCUUAUAUUUGUAAAGAAUUCAUAAAAAGCACCAAUAUAAAGAAAUAUGAAAUAUGUAAAUACGCAUCUAUUCUCUGAUGUGAAUCCUUUAAAACCUAAUAAAAGGGUUUUUUGCUGGAUUUGCAGCACAGAAAUAUAAAACAGGCAGUUAAUAACCAAUUUAUUUAUAAAAAUAGAUAUAUUUAGAAGAUAAAUUUUGGUUGUCCAGUCUAAUUAUUCACUUUGUGUAUUGUAAAGAGUAUUUGUAAGCAUUUGACUGUGUGAUGAUAAUAACGAUGGAUUUUUAAAAUUUAAUUUAAUUUAAUUUACUUUUAUUUAAGUUUAAAUUUUGACAGGGACUUUGCAACCAAUGGGCAACACAGCAUAGUUCAGAGCUAAUCGAGCAUAUGAUUGAAUGAUUUAUUUUUUUGUUGUUAAAAAACUUUCACCUUUAAUGCCAUCUUUAAUGCAAACAAAUAAAGUAAACAAGAUGGGGACCAAAAAAAAUCAUCUACUUGAUGUUUUGUUUUAUUAAAAUGUGAAAGAAUUUUAAUAGGUAAAGGUUAUUACCAGGAAAAAUGGAUCAGUAAAAUCUGCUGAAGAACAAACAAAAAACAUGCAAAAUAUUUGACAUUGGUGUUAGUGUAUAUGACACCACAACUGCUAUUUUUUAACUGAGUCUGAUUAUAUUGUUAGAGAUCAUAGCAGUAUUUUUGUUCCUUAUUCUUCUUAUUUGGCCUGCUCUCUGGAGAACGGCAACUCUAAAGAUGUUACCGUUGUGCUGCGCAACACAUUUUGCUGGGAGUGUCACAGAGGAAGUCUGUGGUACACUUCAGCUUCCGUAUCUCAUAUCCACUGUAAAAAAAAAAAAAAAAAAAAAAAAGACCUAGCUGGGAUAGGGAUUCCUCUGCAGUGGCCUGUUGUGAACACUGCUAGUAUUCGAAAGGUAUUAAGUAAAAGAUUUACUUUUUGAUAAAACCUAUAUUUAAAGGUCUUGGGAUCUCAGAUGGUGUUUCAAGAGUAAUAAAGACUUAGAAAAGAAAAGAAAAGAAAGAAAAGAAAGAGAAAGAAAGAAAGAGAAAGAAAGAAAGAAAGAAAGAAAGAAAGAAAGAAAGAAAGAAAGAAAGAAAACAGGGUAGUAUUCAGUUAUGCAUGAGUUGGCUUGUGAAAAGAAAUAUUUUGAAGUGUGUAAAAGGUGGAAGUACUUUUAUUUAUAAGUGUGAAGGAGGAUGUGAAAGCAGUACGAACUGCCUUUACCAACACACAAACUCUGUAAGCACACUAAAUAAAACCAGGCUGUGACAAGAAGAGAUCUGUCUUUGGGUCCGAGUGAAUCCUGAAAUAUGAAUAUACUAAUAAUCUGCAUUUUGCUUUUUACAUUCACACCAAAGAGCAAAGGUGAUAAUGAUGAAAGUAAUCAGACGAGUACAAGCGGUGAUAGAAGCCUGUCCAGUGAAAGUAUUACUGUGGGAGAGGGUAUAAGCACGGAAAUAAGCAACGCCACGACAGCCACUUCAGAUGAAACGACAAACAUCACCAAAUUGACGAUGCCUUCAACUAAUACCUCACAGUCACCAGCCUGACACAACAAUCUUUCAAAUCUAUUUUUCUCAUUGAUCUACACUCAGUACCCCAUGAUGACAAAAUAAAUUCUGUAAAUGUAUUUAAAAAAAAUAAAAAAAUAAAAUAUAAAAUUUACAUAAUGUGUUCAAAAACUUUGCAACAACACAAAAUUAGCUCCAAUUGUCUUGAUCUCUGCUGAGAUGUUUCUACUCCUUGAUUAGUCCAGGUUUAUUGAUUGGACAUGAUUUGGAAAGAUACAUACCUGCAUAUCAGACAAUGCAUAUCAGAGGAAUAACCAAGGCAUGAGGUCAAAGGAACUCUCUUCAAAACUCAGAAACAGGAUUGUAGCCAGGCACAGAACUUGUGAAGGCUACAAAGAGUUCUGCUCAUUGAAGAUUCCCAAGAGCACAGUGGCAAACCUCCAAAAGGACAACCAUCACUGCAGCCCUCCACUGAUCAGGGCUUUAUGGCACAGUGGCUAGACAGAAGACUCUAGCGUAAAACCCUUGGAAGCUCACUUGAGUUUGCUAACAAGCACCUAAUGGACAUUCAGAAUGUGUGGAACAAGAUUCUCCGUUCUGAGGAAACCAAGACUGAAAUGUUUGGGCUCAGUUCUAAAUGUUACAUGUUAACAUCAUCAUGCUGUGGGGGUGUUUUUCUGCAGCAGGGACUUGGCAACUGGUCAGGGCUGAGGGAAAGCUGAAUUGAUUAAAGACAGUUUCACAGUGUUUAGGACACCUUCCUACAUGACCACAGUCAUGUAUCUAUGGGUGUGCCUGGAUGGUCCUGGCCCCACCCACCUCUCAGUCAGAAGAGAAUUCAGAUGUUCGAAGCCACCAAUUUCAAAUAGUAAGGAGCUGAACAGCUCUGCUGAAGCUAAUGUUAAUUCACCUAUUUCUCCAUCACCAGCAGCUCUCCAUUCUCCACCGUCUACCAUCCCUGUACACCAGUGUACAGGUAUAUACGUCACCUCUUGGUAUAAUCACAAGUAAGCCAAGCAACAUUUUCCUACUAUGUACAGUAGCUAGCUAUUCGCUGUUUUUUAGGUCAUUUAUGUGGCCGCUGAGCCAGCCUAUGACCAAGCAUUGUUUUUACAUUCUGUCUGCUAUUGUACUAUCCACUACUGUACUUCUGAUUCGAUAAUAGUGUUGUGCUGCAUCUGUCAGAUGCAUGUGUGUGGUGAGGCUGCCGUACUAAUGGCGUUCUUAUCGUUAUGUUCUUAACACUGCUGAUGAUGACAUAAAGGCUUGUGCUCUGAUUGAACGGUAUUCAAACAGGUGUAGUUGUGUUGGCCCAUUUUGAUAAUAUAUGCAUUUUAAGCUAGGGACCCCACAUGUUUUUCUCUGCGCCCACCCACAUUGUGAUUUCUGGCUGCGCUAGUGCAUGACAACAACCCUAGCACACAGCCAAAGCAACAAAGGAGUACAUGGAUAAUUUUGUGAAUACUAACCCUAGAAUGGCCCUGCCAGAGCCCUGACUUGAACCCUAUUUAACAUCUCUGGAGAGACAUGAAAGUGGCUGUCCACCGACGGUUCCCCUAUCCAAUCUGACUGAGCAUGAGAGGAUUAGCCAUGAAAAAUGGCCUAAAAGUUCCCCGAUUCAGGUGUGCAAAGCUUGUUGCAUCAUAUAGAAAAAGACUUGAGGCUCUAAUUGCUGCCAAAGGUGCUUCCAACUAAGUACAUGCACCACGUUGGUGACCCUUGAUCUAGAGUGUAAUGUAACGUUAUUUCUAGACAUUCAGUGGCUCAGUCGAGUGCUGCGGGAUCAGACAGAGAUCUAAUUAAUGUUGAUCACUCUGGAAGAAUAAUGAUAAAAUUCGCUGCUGUAGUUGACGUGAAUGUACGCUUAACACGGUAUCAUGGUGAGGUACUUAUGCUAUGACUGAGGUAGAUUUUAAAAGAGAUAAGUUAAUGAUCUGAUUGCCACAGACUGUGAAAUUAUGACUAUAUUUUUUAUAUUGAAUUUAAAUGUUAGUAUUAAAUAGAGAGUGUGUCCACCACUAUAAGUGGGUCCUAAAACAUUCAGAUUAAUUCCUACUGAAUCUAGAAUGGACACAAUUGCUGUUCUUAAGGAGUCUUACUAAUUAUUAAAAUGAAAAGUCACCAACAAUUAUUAAAUUGUUUUUAAAUUAAUACAAAUAUUUGUUUUGCUAGCAGCUAGAAAAACUAGAAUACUUUUAAGUGCACUGUAUAUUGAGUAAAUAAAAAUGAGAAUAAAAAAAGCUUACUAAACAAUGACCUGAUCCUAUGGGUGGUGCUUUUGAGGCUGAACCUACAGUAAUCUUACAACAAAACACACACAGAAGUCUUCGUUUACUCAAACAGAUACUGAGUAUUGACUUUUAGGAACAUGGUCACAUUUUAUUAAGAUGUAAACAUUUAAUGCAUGGUCUAAACAUUAUUAUUGGGAUCUUUCAUGUCUUAAGACAUAAAGGUAAAUAAAUAAAUGAAUUCUCUCCACUGUACAAUGAUAAAGUGAAAGUAGCUAUCAUUUAUUUUGCAUUGUAAUGUAACUUGUAACUUGCAUUUUGGGGAAUGUUUAGAACUAAUCAGAUUACUGUAAUUGCAAAAUGAGUCAGGUUCCUCAUUGCACAUGUAAAAAACAAAUAUAGAAAAAAGAUGAACUAAGAAAAGAUAAGAAUUGUGUGAAACAAUCAAAGAUAAGAUAGCAAUCACACAGAGUUAUACUUAUUUAUAAAUAAGUUAAAAAUGAGCGUGAUCACAGUAUGUUCUGCACCAAUAAAUUAAGCUAUUGCACCUACACUAAUGUUUAAAUCUGUGUUAUGUUUUUAUUCAACAUUGCUUGUGAAUUUGUACAGACCUGCAAUCUGGAGCCAAAGGAAAAAGAAAUGGUUGGACACAUGUUAGUGGGAUGAUUCUCCCAUUUAUUAUGGGAAUGAUUUUUUCAUCAAUUCUUUUCUCUACUGUGUUUUGCACUGUGCUUAUCUGCAAAAGGUGCAGAACAACAGAUACAAAAGCAGACAAAGAACAUAUUACCUUAAAGGCUGUUAAACAUGACCAAGCAAUUAUGCUGUCUGAUGAAGUCCAGGCAGAUGAACAAGUCCCUCUUCAAGCACAGUUUUUGCUGAGUUUUCAACAAAUGCAUCUAUAAUUAACAGUGGGACUGAAGAAGAGUUAAAAAUCUUAGAAAAGGAUGAAACACAAGAAACAGGAGAUGCAAAUGAAGUUCCCUAUGCCUCUAUCAACUUUUCACUUUUACAAAAGAAAGAUGAUAAAGUUAUAAAGCCCCAGAAUGUGGAGAGUGAUUAUGCAGAGAUUCAGCUAAAAAGCUAAAUGAAGAAGAGGAAGUUGUGACCUUGCAGGACGGAGUGAAACAGGAUGGAAUAAAGCAAGAUGGAGUGAAGCAAGAUGGUGUCAAUCAGGAUGAGGUGAAGCAGGCUGAAGUAAAGCAAGAUGAAGUUAAGCAGGAUGGAUUGGAACAGGAUAUAAAUGGUGGGCUGGAAAGCCAGAAGCAAGAAGAGUAGAAAGUGUAUUAACCAGGACAAUUUUUAUGUGACAAAUUAUAACGAAUGCUCCAGAAUUUUAAGUGUAAAUACUUGGUUUUUCUAUUUAUAUUCCAGGUACAUUUGCUUUAGAUGCAGCAUACAUAUUUGCAUUAGUAAUAUGUAAAACCAGAUUCAGUUUUAUUUUGUUUGUUUGUUUCUAUUCUGCAUUCUCUGAAGUUUGAAAAUAAAAAAAAAACCCACUUCCCCUGUUUUGGGGAACUAUGUACAUUUGCCUUAAAAGACGUGCUUCUCAAGUCUCAAGAGUACAGAGUUGCUUAACAUUUAUGUUUAUUCUGUGUCAAGUGAAACUUUUCAUUGUUUUAUAGUGUACAAUGUCACUUGUUGAUGUAGGAUUCACUGCUGGUUUUGACCAUAUAUAUUUUAUGAAAUAAAACAACAGUUAGUCUGAUUAACAGAACUGUUUUGUUGUAUGUAAUACAUCACUUGCAAGUGGGCUUUUGUGCAAGAUAGAUGCAUCUAAUAAAGUGGCCUCUGAGUUCGGAUACACAAUGUAACACUGCCCACUUAUGGCAAAAAAUCGCUAUUACAUUAAUAAACAAAAAAGUUUACGUACAUGAAAAAUGCAUAGAUUCGAUCUGUUAAGCAAUAAAUGAAGGUCAUGGGUCUAUAGCCAAUAAACCAAUACAAUUAAAGUCCUUCUUAAUAAUACAAGGAAGAUGCACAAGAUUUCAAUGAGGGCUAAUGAGGAUAAUAUGUGUAUAGAAGUUGAUAUGCUUGAUAUAUGUGUGUAUUCACCUACUACAAAUUAUUUAAUUUUUUUCAUUUUCAAGAUUAAGCUAUACCACUCACCGACUAAAGACUAUAUUUUUAGAUAAUGUAUUUUUUAUUAUUAUUUUUCAAAGAUAAGAAUUUAAAUAAAAAUGGAUGCAGCAAGUGUAGUGUAAGUGGUGUUUAUAGCUUACAGCUCCAGGUAUGCUGUUCAAUCUGCUUUCAGUGUUGGGUUUUGAAUGUUCUUUCUGGUCUAUGUGGGUGUUCCUUAGACCCAAAUUCCUACAAUAAAAAAAAAAUGCCCAAA